GCCUGCGCCCCGGCACCGGUUCGGGGCUGUAAGGGCCUGUUAGCCGCGGGUCCGCUUGGGGCCCGGCGCACGCUCGGGGAGGCGCACGGACCGGAGCCAUGGAGCAGGGCCCGGGGGGCGCGGCAGGAGGGGGGCCGCCCGCGCCCCGGCCCCGCCGCCGCCGCUCCCUGCGCCGCCUGCUCAGCCGCUUCCUGCUGGCGCUGGGCAGUCGCUCCCGCCCCGAGGACUCGCCGCCCGGGUCUGAGCCCCAGCCCCAGCCCCAGCCCCAGCCGCGACACUGCGAUGGCGACGGUGAGGGGGGCUUUGCCUGCGCCCCGGCCCCGGCCCCGGCUCCAGCCGCGCCCGGGAGCCCCGAGGAGGACCGCCCGCCCGGACCUCUACCCCAGCUCCAAGCCGGCGACGGGGCGCGGCCCCGGGCGCGCUGGGUUUGAAGAACCACCGGCCACCCCUGUUUUCAUGAAACGCCGUGGGUGCAGUGUCUCAGCAACAACUGACCUGCUGGCCUGAGUUUCUUGGCGCUCGGGCGCUACCGGGCCGCCCCGGGCCGCGCGGAGGUCACCGAGCACCUGGCGGCGCUGGUGCGCGCGCUCUGGACGCGCGAAUACACGCCCCAACUUUCCGCGGAGUUCAAGAAUGCCGUUUCCAAGCACGGCGCCCAGUUCCAGGGCCACGCCCAGCACGACGCCCUGGAGUUCCUGCUCUGGCUGCUGGAUCGGGUGCACGAGGACUCGGAGGGCUCCUCCCGAGGGCCAGGGUCCCAGCAGCUUCAGCCGGAAGGCAGUAAAGCCUCUGAGAACCACCCGUCACCAUCGGCUCAGCUUUCCCUAGGCCAGAGCUUCGUGCAAAGCCACUUUCAAGCACAAUAUAGAUCUUCCUUGACUUGUCCCCACUGCCUGAAGCAGAGCAACACCUUCGAUCCGUUCCUGUGUGUGUCCCUGCCCAUCCCCUUGCGCCAGACCAGGUUCUUGAGCGUCACCUUGAUCUUCCCCUCUCAGAGCCAGCGGUUCCUGCGGGUUGGCCUGGCGGUGCCCAUCCUCAGCACAGUGGCAGCCCUGAGGAAGAUGGUGGCCCAGGAAGGCAGCGUCCCUGUGGAUGAGGUGAUCCUGGUUGAACUGUGCCCCAGUGGACUCCAGCGGUCUUUCUUUGAUGAAGACGACCUGAACACGAUAGCAGAGGGAGAUAACGUGUAUGCCUUCCAUGCCCCUCCGCCACCUGGCCAGGGGACACUCGCAGCUCCUUCGCCUGGUCUGUCCGUGUCCCCUCGCUUGGCAGCCCGUGCAGGUCAGCGGUUGUCCCUGCCUGCCCACAGGGAGAACAAGGUGCUAAUCCUCUUCUGUAACCUGGUGGGGUCAGGGCAGCAGGCGAGCAGGUUUGGGCCACCAUUCCUGAUCAGGGAGGACAGAACCAUCUCCUGGGUCCAGCUCCAGCAGUGCAUUCUCAGCGAGGUCCGCCAUCUCAUGAAGGGCGAGGCCCCGGGACAGCAGAACCCAGGGCCGCUGUUCUCCAUCCGGGUGGUGGGGCAAUCCCUGGCCCUUAGCUACUUGUCCCCACAGGACAGCAGGCCCCUCUGUCACUGGGCAGUGGACAGGUAAGGGGAUGUUCCGGAUUUGGUACGAGUCUGAAUGUGUCAAUACCAUUGAUUACAAUUGUAGCCACUCUCUGUAACUUACCUCUCCAGUGUCUGCCUCCGAGGUGGGUCCUUACACACGCAGGGCUUGCAGUCCGUAUGUGUAGGGAGGAAGCGUGAUGCUCAUUUCAAAGAUGAGGAGACACUGAGGUUCCCAGAGAUCGGUUAACGUGCUCACACUCGCAUGGCUAGUUAAUGGCCGAACCCAAAUUUGAACCCAGAUCUGAGUGAAAAACCCAGAUUCAUUCAGUUAGUCAUGCUACUGAAUUCAAGCUGAAUUCCCCCUCUAGCGGAGGGGAGAAUUCUACCUGAACCAUCGGCCCCAAGCUGUAGUCAGCUGUGGACUCUGGCGGAGGAUGAACCCGGCGUGGCCGUGUCUCUGGUGGUUCUGACUUCCUGACUCUCCACGGGCCCGCACACAGCCUCCCACUGGACACAGCCUUGCCCGGCAGCCCGCGGGCCAGCACGGGACCCGAGAGCCGGCUUUGCUCCUUCCCCACAGACAGGCCCUCCGUGAGGGUCUCAUUUCCUGGCUUGGUCAGCCAAGGCUGAUUGAGUCCAGUCGGGGUGAUGUUUUGGGUUAUAAUAAGACAUACACAUUUGGGGCUCCCAGUUCUGGCACAGAGCGCCUGAAGCCCUUAGAAUUUCCUAAAUGAUGAAAGCAUUAACGAUGUCUUGUUAUCAUUC